GAGAGGAAAAUGCUGCAUUUAAUGUCAUCGUUUUUCUACAUAUUCUUCACUUCGUGUGCAACAAUUCACGUUUUGUUCUUGUGCGGGAAGAAAAAGACAGGCGGUAGCAAGUUGGAAAACUCGGAAACAAGUACAAAAGUGGAAAAACUGGAAAAAGUGAUAAAGGAGGCGACCCGAUUCCAGCAUCAAAGGCUCCAGAUGCCCCACCAGCUCCUGCUCCUGCUGCUCCAAAUGCAAAACCUACAAUGGCAGAUCGAUAACCGCGGGCGGAUGGGCACUUUCAUUGAGAGAGGUCUCACGCUCACUCUCAAUUUCCGCUCUUCUCCACCCGUCAACAUGGAUCAAAUCCACAAAUAUCCAAGAUAUUCCCAAUGUUUUGAUAUUCCUUUGACUAUUCUCGCAGCUUUUAUCUGCUACCAAUUUGAACUAAUCGAUGUAACAUAUUCAAAAGAAUUUUCGGAUAGAAUUAAGGAUGGAAUUCAAAAGGAUCUACUGCGUUUUAUCCCCUACGCACUUGUUUUCAUCACUAUGUUCACUGGAAUUCUCAAAAUUGGAAUUGUGGCAUACGAUUGGAAGUUCAAGACUGAAGAUUUGGAGAAAUGUAAACGAGACUAUGCGAUUGGAAUUGUCGUAAUUUAUUUAAUUUCAAUGUAUCCAUUGAUUUUAAUGUUUUUACCUAUUACCCACAUAGGAGUCCCCGUGUGUAUCUACAUUGCAUUGCACAUCGUCUUUGCAUUGUACUACUUCUUGUUCAUCUGGAAUGUUGAGUCAUCGUACCCUCGGAUGAAACGAACAGUUGAAUGGAAAGAGUUUGUUAUUCUAACAAUUUUCUUUCACGCUCUUAUCAUUCCAACAUUCUUCACUUUCCUGUAUUUCGGAAUGUAUAGAAAUAUGCUGCUGAUGGUUCUCACUGAUAUCUUCUGCACACCUACAUGCUUUCUCAAUUUGGUACCAUUUGUGAUAGUUCUUGAAGAAACAAAUGAAAGAAAUUCAAAGAAACUGCCUGAUAUCGAGAUGGUUCUACUUGGUGGCACUGUUCGAAGCAAUACUGAUGUUUCAGUGGAAAAUGGAGUCUCAAGAGAAUCAAACCGUCCAACUUGUGCAAUUUGUUCAACAAAAUACAGUAAGAAUUGCUCUACCCAAACCCCGCGAAUUCUCGACAAAUGUGGACAUACUUUGUGUGAAGGAUGUAUUCAAAAUAUUCUGAAACACAGCAAUCAAAUCUCGUGUCCAAUCUGUAAAUCUGUUACAGUAAUCAAUGAGUGUACAUGCAAAAUCGGCCAAUUCGCCAAAAACUACGGAGUCCUUCAACUUGUCCAGGAAAAUUAAAUGAAACCGUUUCCGUCUGCAAUUAUUUUGUCCCUGUUAUUUUUUAGAGCCCUUUUCAUGCACUGAACAUUUUUCCCUGUUCUUUUUGCUACAAAAUCAAUGACCAAUACGUUUUAAUCAGAGUUACUCCGCAUAAUAAAAAUUUAAUGUUUU